AUGGCACUGAAUGCCCCCCCGCCCCCAGGUGCAUCUCUUGGCGAGACGACACCACUCCUAGGCAACCCACCUCCUGACUAUGAGAGAGAUAUUGAACAACAAGCUAGCCAUAGCGAUUCUUUCAAGCAUACGGGUCUCCCAGAAGUCCGAAAACGCAUGAAAUAUAUAUUCCCAGCCUUAGCUAUCGGUGUCCUCCUCUCAGCCGCAGACCAGACCCUCAUAGUAACUACCUAUGGAACCAUAGGAACAGACCUGCACGCCCUCUCCUCGACCUCCUGGAUCGCAACCGGCUACUUCCUCACGCUCUCGGCCUUCCAGCCCCUCUACGGCAAACUCUGUGACAUCUUCGGACGGAAACAAUGCUUACUCUCCGCUUACCUGAUUUUCGGCGUCGGAUCCGUGGGAUGCGGGCUAGCGCGUAAUAUCGGAGAGCUUAUUGCCGCGCGGGCCUUUACGGGAGUAGGAGGGGGUGGGAUGAGUGUUUGUACUACUGUGUUGAUGAGCGAUAUCCUCGGGUUGAGGGAGAGGGGGACGUGGCAGGGUUAUCUCAACUUGGUGUAUGCGGUGGGUGCUUCUGCUGGGGCGCCGCUGGGCGGGCUGCUGGCGGACAGUAUUGGAUGGAGAGCAGCGUUUCUGGCACAGGGCCCCAUGUGUGCUUUGGCUAUGGUGGCUGUGGCGUUGGCGCUGGAGCUCCCAGAACGAGACGAGUCGCAUUGGAAAGAGAAGGUUAAGAAGGUUGAUUUUUUGGGGGCUGCGAUAUUGAUUCUGGCGGUCUUCGGACUCCUUGUUGGGCUGGAUCGCGGAUCGAAUGUUUCUUGGUCGGACCCGAUUGCCAUUGCUGGACUCUCCAUGACACCGUUUUUCGGUGUGUUUGUUCUGGUAGAGAAGUAUGUGGCGAGUAAUCCGGUUGCGCCUGGUCACAUUAUUCUCAACAGGACGCUUUCUGCGUAUUAUUUCUGCAACUUCUUUUCGUUGGGGGGUUGGAUAGCCGCAGUGUUCUACAUUCCCCUCUACUGGCAAGUUAUCGGCGACUACGACGCUUCGCACGCUGGGCUACUUCUCGUUCCCUCCAUCAUCCUCAGCGUCACGGGCUCGCUCUUUGGCGGCUUCUACAUGAAGCGAACGGCAAGAUACUACUGGAUCACAGUUUCGGCAUAUACAGCACUUACGGCUGGUCUCUCGCUCAUUUUGCUCUUCGCCGGGGUCCUGAUAGAAAGCAUCCCGCUUAUGGUAGUGGGGACAACCAUAUGCUCUUUUGGUACCGGCAUUGGUGUAACAACCACGCUUAUUGGACUCAUCGCAAACGCAUCACAUGCCGACCAGGCAGUUGCCACGGCAUGUUCUUAUCUGUUUCGCUCGCUCGGUUCGGUCUUUGGCAUCUCGUUGUGCGCAACAGCAUUCAAUCAGACCCUGCGCAAGACCCUUCAGAGUGCACUGCAGGGUGAUGACAACGCGACUGAGAUCGCAGAGCGAGUAAGGGCUGGAUUGUCUUACUACAGGGCUUUAGAUCCUGUUUUAAAGAACAUUGUACGAGAGUGCUACGGGAAGGCUACGAGAGUUGCACUGGGGGUUGCGAUAGUGCUUGUAGCUGGGAGUGCACUUUUCGCGUGGUUUAUCCACGAGAAGAGUUUGGAAGAUAACAAGGCUGCAGCACCCGAGGCGGACGAGGCGGAGUAG